AUGGCGAACAACGAGGGCAUCAGAGGACUGCGCGAGCAGAUCUUCGACAAUGCAGCUUUCCUCUACCCAGACGCCAUCAUAGACCAUUGCGGCUACCAAGCCAGUCACAUCGUCAAACCAUCAGAGAUUUUCAGCAUCGUCAUGCUCAAGCAGCGGAAGCCGAUUCUCGACGCCUACGGUCACGUACAGCAGAACGUCGUACUAGCAGCGCCGGUGUUCUACCAAGCCGUAGUCAUGCAUGGCGAGUUGACCAUUCGCAAGAUCGCUGCUCGCAGCGACCAGAGAGACACGGUUCACGAGGCCUUGGAGUCGCUGUUGGGAAAGCUCGCUCGGCUUACGGCGCUCAAAGUCUUCCACCAGAUUGGCUGCAAUAUUGAGGACUUUCAAACGGAUUGA